AUGACUAAUGAUGAUUCACCUUCAAAUUUAAAUGAAGAUACAAAAACAAUCGAAAAAACGAUGCAACCAGUUCUUACAACACAAGCACAACACAUAAGUACACCAAAUGAAUCAGUACGUCGACAUGUUCGAAUCUUAGCAGAAGAAGAAAGAAUUGGUGCGGAUAAAUGGUUAUCUAUAUUGAAUCAAGUUUAUGAUGAUUUAAAUUAUUCACCAUCACAGCGUAUAGACUAUACAAUUAAAUUUUUAAAUGAAGAACAAAAAGUAUGGUAUGAACAAAAUAAAGAUGAAGUUAAGGACGAUUGGACAUUAUUUCGUGAACAAUUAAAACAAAAUUCAUCUAACUAUAAAUUAACUCGAACAACUGCUCCGCCAAUUAAUAUUUCAACAUUAAACAAUACCGAAGUGGUCGUACUAGAAGAUCUCAUCGAUGCAAAAUUUGACAAAUAUGCAGGUGUUGGUGAUGCAAAAAAUUGGUUAUUGCAAACCAUGAAUCAAUUUAAAGCAUGUGGUUUACGACGUGAUGAUCAAAUUGAAGCUAUACCUUUACUAUUAGAGGACGAUGCUUAUUUAUGGUAUGCUGACAACAGCCAUGCAAUUUUCAACUUCGAAACAUUCACCAAGUUAUUUCUUCAACAAUUCAAAUCAACGAUAUCAUCAUCAACAAGUUCAAAAGGGGGUACGGGAACAUUAGUGACCACAGUACCUGAUUACUCAUCUACAUCACAUUUACAACGAACCGUGGCGGAUGAAAUUAUUAAGAAACCAACAUAUUUUCGUGGUUCACAAGAUGAUGUACACGAUUGGUUAGAUAAGUUAGAACAACGUUUUACAAUGGCUAAUUGGAAUGACGAACAAAAAUUACGAUAUAUUUCCAUACAUUUACAGGAUGAUGCAUAUAGGUGGUGGAUGCAAACAUCCACAUCAAUUAAAACAUGGUCAGCAUUUAUUACAGCUAUUACACAAGCUUUUGGAUCAACAAAGGUACAAGAAUUAGCAUUUGAACAAUUAAAAUGGUAUAAACAAACAGUUAAUCAAUCCAUUACACAAUAUUAUGAUAAAAUUAUUGAAUUAUGCAAAAAAGUCGAUCCUGUAAUGCCUGAUUCUUUGAAAUUAAAAUAUUUAAUGGUUGGAGUGAAAGAAUCAUUGAAGACACAUGUUGCAUUACACGAUCCUCAAACAACAGAAGCAUUUUUAUCAUCAGCAAAGAAGAUUGAAGAUGUAUUAUCAAUUACCAAAACAAAUAAUGAAUUAUCUGACAAUGAUAUUACCAUCAUCAAUGCAACUGGUUAUCAAAAUCAAGUACGUGAUCGAGCAACAUUCACACGAACAUCAAACAAUAAAUUUAAUCAAAAAAAUCCUUGGAAUGCAAAUGCAUCACGAACUCGAACAAAUUCUAGUCAGGGAAUACCAGUUGGAAAUAAUGCAAAUCGACAAAAUAAAUUCUCAAAUUCUACAAGAUCAACACAGAAACUAGGUGCUUGUUACAAUUGUGGUACUCCUGGCCAUUAUGCCCGGGAUUGUACCCGUCCCCAUUUUCAAUAG